UUGGGGCAGACAGAUGGCGAGGGGUGAUGAUCAAUUGGGGUCUAUUUGUUGUGAUAAACGUUGCCAAGUAUAGAGUUGGAUGAAGGUUUAAGUAUAACUAGGUUACAAUGGCACGCAUCAGCCCUGAGAAGAAGCUACUGCUGACAAAGAUGGUGGAAGGUAACAGCAUGCCAACCAGUGACGUUGUACAGCUCUUGGCGUCCCACGACACACUGGCUAAAAAACUCACUUGCUACCAUAUUGCUGAUAAAUGCAGUACCAAUGCUGAUCUAGCUCUCCUGACUGCCAACCUCCUGUUGAGAGAUGCCAGCGAUGCCAACCCGAGUGUACGAAGUGCCAGUAUUUCCGCCCUGGCAGCAUUGCCUGGAAUAGAAGAGAGUUCUGUGCGUGCUAUUUUCUCGGCUCUCUCUGAUCAAGCAGCCAUGGUGCGGAGAGCAGGUGCAGUGGCUUGUGUGCGACUGUACUCCCAUGCUCCUCAGUCUGCACUUGAGUCAGGUGUGAUAGAUAUAUUGUAUGAAGGACUGCGUGACUCAGAUCCCAUUGUAAUUACCAAUUGCAUUCUAGCCCUUGAACAUAUCCUGCAAAAUGAGGGAGGACUGGUAGUCAACAAGAAUAUUGCAAUGUACCUUUUAGGGAGAAUAAUGCAAUUUUCUGAAUGCAAUGCUGUCUAUGUGCUUUCACUUCUACUCAGGUACACACCCAAGACUGAGGAAGAACUAAUUCUUCUCUUAAAUGCACUGGAUGAACUCUUGUUAUCAAAGGCUUCAGCAGUUCUUGUAGCAACUGUAAAACUAUUUCUUCAUUGGACUAAAGACCAUCCUCAUCUAAUGAAGGACAUGCUUGAGAUGAUACAACCUUCUGUGUGCAAGAUCCUUGGUCGUAAUGUUCCCGAGACGUCAUAUUUGAUGUUGGAGUUUCUUAGUACAUUGGGGGAUAUACAGAAUAUCUUUGGCCCGCAUUAUAAAUAUUUUCUGGUUCGGGCUAAAGAUCCAGGAUAUUUAAAGACUCAAAAACUCAAGGUGCUUCCCCUUGUUAGCACAGAAAAUAAUGUUUGUAGUCUCAUAGAGGAAGUGAAACCUUUUUGUAGUGAUUAUCAGAGUUUUCGAGGUGCAGUUACAUGUAUGGGAGCAUUAGCCCAAGUCAGUACCUCAGCCCACGAAUUGUGUCUGUCAAUUUUGGUGACGUUAUUGGAUGCACCAACAGAAAGAUUGGUUAUAGCUGCCCUAGAAUGUCUUCUAACUGUUGUAGUUUCAUUACAAAUAGAAGAUAAUUCCAUUUGCAUUUCCAAAGAACCUGUACAGUCAUCACAAUCUGUGGGAGAUGCUGAUGCAAAUGAGUCACAAGUGGAUGAAUCUACUCUUCUUCCUUCUUCAUCUGCAGACACUCCUAAACCUGUGACACAAAAGACCAUACCAGAAUUACCUCAAGACCUCAUACAAGCUGUAACCAGAGCUUUGUCAAGAGGUACUGUCCAAGAAACAGCACCUUCACUUGUGCUUCAUGUUCUUGGUACACUGGCACCAUAUUUGAACUCUGCCCCAGAUAUACUGCAGAGUAUGUUGUCACUUGCAUCCUCGUCAGAGUUCAUCCAUGCAGACCUAGUCACUACAGCUGCCCGAAUAUUUCUGUGCCGGCCAGCACAGUCUCAACUCUUAUUAGCUGCUAUUCUUGUCAGAGCUCUUAAGAUUCCUGGUGAACCAGCCUCAAGAGCAGCAUUAGUUUAUUCAUCACUUCUUGAAGGUCCUGCUGAUGCAGCCCAACUUCUUGGGGUUGACAGUAGAUAUAUAACAUCCUCUACCCAGCAGUGUGAAAAGCAAGUGAUACAUGAGUAAUUGAGAACCUUGUGUGACAUUUGGUUUUUGUUAGAAGGUUUGUUAUUGUAUGUACUGUAUAUGGCUAAACUCAUAUGUAUAUAGAUAAAAACCACCUUUGAAUUUAUAGGAUUUUAUAUUUUUUUAUUAUUUUAUUGAUUUUUCUGCAUAUUUUGAUAUUUUUAAUGGGUAAAUGCAGAUAACGACAUCUUUAGGGGAGAAAAUUUUUGUAUACAAAUUAAAAGUGAAAAGGUUCACAGAAUAACCUGUUAGGAUUCAACAAUACUUGAACACACUUUUACCUUACAUGUACAGUACAGUGUAUAGAUCGACAGAAUUGUUAUAAAUGUUUUUAAAUUCA